AUGCCACCGCCCUAUGAUGACGAAUCAGACUUUGAUUCCGAUGAGGAGUUUUCAGAGGUGCAGCUUGGCUUAGCUGAUGGCCCUUUAGAGAACGAAGAUGAGGCGAAUCCUCUUGUGUCGCGCAUUGGUGGUCGGCCCGUUUGGCUCCCUUUGUCACCUACGAAGCUGCCGCCUGCUUCGCUGGUGCAGUGUCAGUAUUGUCAGAAACCGAUGCAGCUUCUAGUACAGAUCUUUGCGCCGCUUGAGAACUCUGCCUUUGACCGCAACUUGCAGGAGCGUGAAGAAGCCAAGAAACGUGCGGAGGCAGAGGCUGAAUCCCGCCGCCUUGCCCAGGAGCUGACGCCAGCUGCUUCGGAGGAGGCACCGACUCCCAUCGAGCCCGAAGACGAAGACGACGAUGGUGAUUUUGACGAAGAAGAGCGACUGGCCGAAGAGCUUGCAAUAAAGGCCUCACUUGAAGAACAGCGCUCCCAACUGCAAGAGGACUGGACGCGUACCUCAUCCCACUAUACCACAUCCCUGUAUCUGAAUACCAUCCCUGAGCCUCGACGUGCUCAGGACAGUGACGUCCCGUCUGAGCCGCCUGUUCCUACCAAGGAAGCCUCAGUCGGUGGCGAGAUCGAAGAGUAUGAACAAAUGACGAUUGAUGGCAUUGACGACGUAUUUGAGCGCUUCACGCGGCGACUCGGCACAGAGGCUCGCCAAGUUGUGCGCUACGAGUAUGGGGGCACACCGCUUCCGUUUAGUGCCGUUGGCUCGCUCUACAAGCAGCUGUGGCCGUCUGGAUGGCGAGAGCCUAUGGAUGUAUCCUCGGUCCCGCCUUGCUCGCACUGCGGUGCACCGCGUGUGUUUGAGCUGCAGCUCAUGCCCAACUUGGCUAACUUACUGCGCGUCGAUAAGCUAAGUGAUGCCGCUGGCAUUUUGUCAUCGUCCAACACUGAGGAACAUCGCCAAGCAGAGAUUUCGUCGCUACUUGGGCUUAAAGAUACCCAUUCAGAUUUAUGCACAGGUAUUGUUUGGAGCACAGCCGUUGUGUUUGUGUGCAGCCGUGACUGCUGCUCAGAUACGGAAGGCUGGGCAGAGGAGUGGGUCGGAUUGCAGCAUGAAGAGCGUCUCCACCUGGGCUUCUCGUCGAUCUCCCGUCUGUUCGGCAUGAUUCCGGUCGUGCGAGAGCCGCCAUCGAUCUAUGAAAAGAUUCGGCAAGCACCAGACGAUGCAAAUUUAUGGUCACUUGAGUUUUUUCCGCCCAAGACCGUGCUUGGUCAAGCGAACUUGUGUGAACGUAUCGAGCGCAUGACGAAGUCACUGCAGCCGAGCUGGGUGCAUGUGACGUGGGGCACGGGAGGAUCUACCCGAGAUUCUUCGCUGGAGCUGGCUGCUCGUGUGCAAAAUGGUGUAUUUGAUCCAGAGGAGGACGUCUCCCUAGUCACGGCCCCUCGCGAGGGUGCGUGUGAUGUGUGCUUGCAUCUCACGUGUACGAACGUGGACCCUAUAUAUCUGGAUGAUGCCUUGGACAGAGCGAAGCGGUUUGGUAUCCGCAAUAUCCUUGCCCUGCGUGGUGACGCCCCACGUGGUGAAGAGUACUGGGUCGCGACAGAUCAGCGCUUCCAGCACGCUAUCGAUCUGAUUCGGUACAUCCGCGCAAGACACGGCGACUACUUUUGUAUUGGCAUGGCUGGUUUUCCUGAGGGCCUGUCGCGUGGUACUGAAGCCGAUCAAAAACGUGAGCUCGCGUUUCUUAAGGAAAAACAGGACGCUGGUGCUCAGUUUAUCGUGACGCAGUUGUUCUACGAUGUGGAUUUAUUUGUGCGCUGGUACCACGCAUGCCGCCAAGCCGGUAUCACCAUCCCUGUUAUCCCUGGCAUCAUGCCGAUCCAAAAUUACAGCAGCUUUCUCCGCAUUGUGAAUUUAUGUGGUGCGACGGUGCCGCAACACGUGUUGGACCUGCUGGAGCCGAUCCGAAUGGACGAUGCAAAGGUCAAGGACAUGGGCAUCGAGCUGAGCCAGGGGCUUAUCCGCUCUUUACGUGCGCAAACGGACAUCCACACCUUCCAUAUAUAUACGCUGAACCUGGAAAAGAGCGCUACCAAUGUGAUCAAGGGUGUCUCCGACGUGCCAUCCCCGAUUCCCGACAUGCCCGGUGCCGAGACCUGGGAUGAGUUCCCUAACGGUCGUUACACGGAUGCUCGCAGUCCAGCGUUUGGUGAGAUGGAUGGUUACGGUGCCAGUCUCAAAUUGCCACCCACACAGGCAGUGAAACUGUGGGGCACACCUGUCGACGAAGAGGAUAUUUCCCGGAUGUUUACACAGUAUGUCUCCGGACAGCUGCCCUGUGUACCUUGGUGUGAUAUUCCCGUGUGGGACGAAACGACGCAACUUCUCCCCAUGCUGUUGCGCCUGAACAUGCCCAAGGCAGAGGGUGGUAAAAGUUGGUGGACAGUGGGCUCGCAGCCUGCGGUCGACGGAUGCGACAGUAGCGACCCUGUAUUUGGCUUCGGGCCCCAAGGUGGCUACAUCUUCCAAAAGGCCUUUGUGGAGCUGUUUCUCACGCAGGAAGACAAGGAAGCCUUGGUGGCCGCCAUCCGCGCCAGUGAACGGCCCGUGACAUAUUUCGCCGGUACCUGUGAUCCAGCAUCGAUGGAGACGAAUGUACAAAAGCACGGUCUCAAUACGGUGACGUGGGGUGUGUUCCCCGGCAAGGAAGUGGCGCAGUCGACGAUUAUCGAGGAGGCGUCGUUCCGGGCCUGGCGGGACGAAGCCUUUGCCAUCUGGCGAGAGUGGGAAUUGCUCUUUCCACCCCGCUCGGCGACUCGUUCGCUACUUCGCAGCAUCCACGAUCAACGCUGGCUGGUGACCGUGGUGCACCACGAUUACAAGGACCCCAGUGGGCUGUGGAACUUGUUGGAUCAGGUAGCGACCGCACCCUAA